AUGCUGUCCCUGUGGAAUACAGCGGAGUCGCGAUUUGUGGAGAGCAAGGACGGUUGCAUCCUUUCGCCGGGGCCAUAUAUAGCACACCGUGGACGUAACUCGACAACACCAUCACCGCCAAUUCUCUUCGAGCAGUCGUGCCGCCAAAGUCUUAUUCUCUGUCCAGGGGCGACAAUUCUGGUAAAGGACAUGUUCGACAUCGCUGGCACCAAGACAACACUCUGCAACCGAGCUUGGACAGAGUACCAUCCAGUCGCGACCCAGACGGCACCUUGCAUCCAGCGUCUUCAAGACCUCGGCGCCUGGAUUGUUGGCAAGACACGUCUCAAUGCCAUGGUUAUUCGCGAGAAGACCAUGGAGUGUGUCGAGUUCCUUGCCCCGUACAACCCGCGAGGUGAUGGCUAUCAGACAUCGUCGGGCAGCAGCAGUGGGAGCUGCGCUGGUGUUGCGGCUUACCCGUGGGUCGACUUCGCCAUUGGGUCCGACACAAACGGGAGCUGCCGCAAGCCCGCGUACUGGAACGGCUGCUUCGCGGUCCGGCCGACCCAUGGUGUGCUUGACACAAGCGGUGUUGCCUCAUUCUGCCCGUUUUACGAUGUGCCCACAUUCUUCGGCCGCGAUGUAUCACUCCUACGUAAGUUUGCUACUCUCUGGUACGGAGAUUCAGAGAGGUUGAUCAAGCAACCAACUCGCAGCGCCGUUGGCACCAGAAUUCUCUACCCCACCGAUUAUCUCCCCACGCAGAAUGCGGGCCAAACCCGUCUCAUUCAUUCUUUCGUCAAGGACUUGGAAAGCCUCCUGGGUAUCAAGAGAACAGAGCUAUCACUCGCUGACAUGUGGCGAGAAUCCAAACCCGAUUCGGUGGAAGAAACGGACCUCGCCGAAUAUCUCAAGACGGCCGGGACCUUACCGUACUACAAGGACGCCGUCCAGAUUGCGAAGGAUUUUGUCGACGGUUACAAACAGAAAUUCGACAAAGCCGCUUUCCUCCACCGUGACCUACGUUGGCGCUGGGAAAUGGCGGACAACGUCACCCCCGAAGAGAGAGACGAGGGAUGGGAACGCAUCUACACUUACAGAAAGUGGCUUCUCGACAACGUCUUCCUUGAAGGGACAGUCCUGGUCCUACCCGUGGACGAAGGCAAGCCAAGCUAUCGUGAUGAUCCUCCGCCUCCCUUCGGCCUCCUCGGUGGGUUUUCGCCGCUUUACGUGUCCCCAAUCGCCGGGACGCCCAAAAUCACCGCGCCGAUCAGCGAAAUAUCCUAUCAUUCGCAAAUCUCCCAGCGAGAAGAGCCGCUUCCGAUCAGCGUGUCUCUAGCCUCGGCUCCGGGCACCGACCUUGCCCUUGUUGAUCUCAUGCACAAAACGCUGGAGCAUGGGAAGAAGCCUGUCAAAGUUCAGACUGGCCGGUCCAUAUUCGGUGGAUGA